AUUAUGGGUGAACAGAUGGUUAUGAGAGGUGUCCUUCAAGGACAUGGUGGUUGGGUUACCCAAAUUGCCACCACUCCCCAAUAUCCCGACAUGAUCUUGUCGGCAUCGAGAGACAAGUCCCUCAUCAUGUGGAAACUUACCCGUGAUGAUGCUGGCAGCAACUACGGUGUCCCCCAAAGAGCUCUCCGUGGACAUAGCCACUUCGUUUCUGAUGUAGUCAUGUCCUCAGAUGGUCAAUUUGCUUUGUCUGGCUCUUGGGAUAGCACCCUAAGAUUGUGGGAUUUAUCUAAUGGAGUAACUACUCGCCGAUUUCUUGGCCACACCAAGGACGUCCUUAGCGUAGCUUUCUCAGCUGACAACCGCCAAAUUGUAUCUGGCUCCCGAGACAAGUCUAUUAAAUUGUGGAACACUUUGGGUGUUUGCAAAUACACUAUCCAACAAGAAGAAGGACAUACCGAUUGGGUAUCUUGUGUUCGAUUUUCACCAAACACACAAAAUCCCAUCAUCGUAUCCAGCGGUUGGGACAGACUUAUCAAGGUCUGGAACUUGACCAACUGCAAGCUAAAGACCAACCACUAUGGUCAUACCGGCUAUUUGAACUACGUAGCUGUCUCUCCAGAUGGUUCUCUUUGUGCCUCUGGUGGCAAAGACGGACAAGCUAUGCUCUGGGACUUAAAUGAAGGAAAGCAUUUGUAUACUUUGGACAGUGGAGACAUCAUCAACGCUCUCACCUUCAGCCCCAACAGAUACUGGUUGUGUGCUGCUACCGGACCUUCUAUUAAGAUCUGGGAUUUGGAAGGAAAAGUCGUUGUUGACGAACUUCGUCCAGAUGUUGUCAAUGCUCGUGCUCCAGAGUGUACUUGCCUCGCAUGGUCGGCUGAUGGCCAAACUCUCUUUGCUGGCUAUACUGACAACCUCAUCCGUGUUUGGCAAGUCGGUUUGGCUGCUCGUUAA